GUAUUCCUUGAAUUGCAUUUCGAAAAAGCUACGGACUGUUUAACGAAAAGAUAAUCCUUGUCGUUAUUUCUCUGGAACAAAUCUGGCUGCGCCACUUGUUACGCUUACGACCAAUAGGAUUUAACUAAAUAGUUUACGUUUAAACUUUAACACUAAGGUAGCUGGCUGCAGUUCAUACAUACAGUUUAUGGUCUUGUUUAUUAGCCGACGCUCUCAGAAGUUCAACGAAUGCCAUGCGGAUUCCCAUCGAAAAGUAUUGUUUUACAGAGGGAAAUCAGAGAAUGGCGCCUCUGACACUGGAAGUAAAGUAUCUCUCUGUGUAAUACUUAUAUGGUAUUUUUCAUUUCAAUCUACUUCAUGGAUGAAUGUGCAUGCUCUGUUCCAUAAUCAAUUGACGUGUGGACCUCCGGGGGCUGGCAGAGAACCUGGAUGACUGGAGAGUUGGCACUAUGCUGAGCCUCGCAGUACAGUAAACCCAGACUCAUGCUUUUGUUUAUAGACUUUCACCUGAACAACGUUUUGGAUGCAUCUUUCAACAAUGUUGCGACUGGCCUGUAAACAAAUAAAGCGGGCAUGCGGUAGGCCCAAUUUAUGUUUCCGAAAACUCAAGAAGUCCUGGAUACAUUGAAUACGAUUUUUGUCAAAGGAAUAACCAGCGCCAGGUGCACGUUCACAAAGUAACUGUUCCGGCACCCGAAUUGCUGCACUCUUUUGUUUCAAGUUUGUUAUAGUAGGCCUAGAUGGAGUUUUGGCUGACUAAUUUUAGUCUUGCCAUUUUAUUAUUUUUAGGCCUAAUUACUAUCAACAAAAUAAUACAUAUUUUAAAUUUGUGAGUCGGUGUUAAAAUGGUUGAAAAUCGGUGCUCCGUUCAAAGGGAAGGGGUCUACCACUGGUUCUCGAUAUUGAACUCGGCCCAGAGAGCCGAGUUCCUUUGUGGGCUUUUGGACCUCUGUGUUCCAAUCGAACUACGCUUCCUCGGGUCAUGCUUGGAAGACUUAGCCCGCAAGGACUAUCACUCCCUCAGGGACGCCGAGAUCAAAGCCAACAACCCUGCUGACCUCUCGAACCUUACCAACAUCACCGACGACGUCGUGAGGAGCAAGCUGCUUAUCUCCCUCGCACUUCUCAACUCCGACAACCGAGAUGCGGCGGGUGUUCUCUUCCGAACGCUCACGCACAUCGACAGCGUCAUCAACAACUAUGGCCUGCAGCUCAACGAUGGACGAACGGGGGAGCAGUUCCUUCUCCUAUUCACCAUGGCAUCCAAUCAUCCGGCGUUCAGCUUUCACCAGAAACAGGUGCUAAGACAGGAGCUGACCCAGAUCCAAGAGAUCCUGCAGGUCACCUGUGGAAAGCAGCAGGCCGGGACUGGCGCGCUGGCCACCCUGUCUCCCGCCACUAGCAUCCCUACCUACAUCACUGCGCCCACCCUCAACUCCAGUCAGACUGGGUGUCCAUGUUGUCAUAAGACACUGCACCGAGAGGACGGGGCAGAGCGAGUGGACGAGGGGAUUGGUCCAGAACCCAUGCCUCACAUGACAUCUCUCUCAUGCAAGGAGCUGCCAGUCAAGGUGCAUGUUGGGAAACCGAGCAAAGUGAACAUAGAGAGGAUAGAGCUGAGUGGAGUGACUCACAAGGGGGAGAAACCAAGUGAAUAUAUGCUAGAGGUCACAUGGUCAGACUCCUCUGUUUCCACUGUGAGCAGGACUCACCAGGAGGUGCUGAACUUCCUCUCCCAGGUCUCCCAGCUUUUCCCUGAUGAAGGUCGAGAGAAGUUCCUGCUUCAGUCUCUUGGCCUUGAUCAGACCUCUGAGCUGGACCCCAGGUGCCUGACGGUUCUUCCAGCCCACAUUCUCAAACACUACCAAGCCGAACUCUUCUUCAGCACUGCCACCAUCGCCCUCUCUCCCCCUCCCACUUCAAGUCUUGGGUGCUUGUUUCAAUACAGAGGAGCAAACAGGGCUUUAUGUGGUGUAGCCAGCAUCCAGACAGUCAUGAGCGUUGACAACUCCAUUCAGACUCGCUCUCCUACCCAGCUGCCCCCCCAGGGCACUGUGCCCAUCCUUCCUCCCGGUGGGGUGGGGGUAGCAGGGGGGGAUAAUGCACUCCCUCCCGGCCACCUCCAGAACCCUGGUCCUCCACUGCAGAGCAGCCCAGAACAGAAUGGCAUCCUGGACUGGCUGAGGAAACUCCGCCUGCACAAGUACUAUCCAGUGUUCAAGCAGUUGACCAUGGAGGAGUUCCUUGGACUCACAGAGGAGGAUCUGAACAAGUAUGACCUCACCCAGGGAGCCAAGAAGAAGCUGAAGACGCAGCUGGAACUGCAGAAGGAGAAGAUGGAGAAGAGGUAUAUGUUGUCCCAGUUCCCUGUGUCCUGCAGUGGCAUCGCCAGGGUUACUCCAUCCAGCCACAUAGGCCCAGUGGCACACGUCUACUCAAGUAGCAACACAGAGCUGUGUGUGGAGGUAGAGACAGGCGUGCACCCUCUCACCCGGGACAGCAGCUCCUCUUCAGGGUAUUCCAGCGCCCCCUCCAGCCCCAUGACCCCUCACUCUCUGUCUUUGUCCCGGGAAGGUGCCUUCAACAGGGCCAAGGAGCCACACAGACGGAUGGAGUCAGGACUAGAACAAGGAGAGAAGGACAGGACUUACGUUCUCCUAAACCCCACCGUUACAACAGGGCCUAGUCGGCCCACUGCUCAGGUUCUGCCUGUGCAGAAUGAUCCUACUCCCUGCCCCUCCCACAUGAGCCUUCCUCCUCCCUCCCUAAGCCUACAGUCACCAGGACGCAUCCUGGGUUCCCCCUGUAAGCCCCGGCUACCUCCCUUCUGCCCUGAUGAGCGGGCCAAGCCCCUGGGUUCAGGUGUGGCUGUUGGGGUGCGACUGGAGAGAGUGUUCCCUGGCCUGAGUGUGGACAGUAUGGGGUCCCCUCCCCUUCGCCAGGACUCUGCUGGUCCCCGGGGGCCCUCCGGGGUCACUGUGCUGCGCUCCCCUCCAGUCUUGAUGGUGGACACCAGCUCCGCCCUCACCACAACCUCCAACACUCUGCACCACGUCUCACACCCCCCUCUACACCUGCAGGUGUCCCCCUCUCUACGGCAUACUGGACACUACCCCUACCCCUACUCUUCUGCCUCCUCCUCAUCUCCUGCCUCCAAGUUAGCUUUUCCGUCUGUGGGUAGCGUUCACAUGGGAACUGCGAGCAGUGUUCCCAUGGCAGUGGUGCCAGGCAACACCUACUGUGUGAACAGUAGGUCCGCUGUCCAACCCAGCUCCAGUCCCACCUCCACGGACACCAGCAGCUACGCUGUCACUUCUGGCUCCACCCCUAACUCCUCUGUCUGUGUCUGCAGCUCUUGUGGCUGCAGUGGGAACUGUGGCUCCUACGGGGCCCUCCCUGCCAGCUAUGCAGGGUACUUCCAGCACCCCUUCUCAGGGACAUCAGUGUUCCCCCUGGGGCCCCUGCUUCACCUCAGUCCCCUGCUGGCUGGGAGCAGCACUGCCAGCCCCUUCCCCUACCCCCUGGUGGCACCGCCCCUCUACAACAGCAGUGUGUCUCACAGCCACGACACCCAGGGGCAGCAGGGGCUUAUCCUGCCCCCCAUACAGGGCUUCCUGGGGGCCGGUGCCAACGUGCACAAGCCUCAUGGGGGGGUGGGGAACGGAGGGCAUAGGAAGCCAGGGAGCUUGUCCUGUUACAACUGUGGGGUCACCGGCCAUCGGGCACAGGAAUGCAAGCAGCCACCAAUGGACGCUGCUCAGCAAGGCACGUUCCGGCUGAAGUAUGCUCCCAAAUCAGACAGCCAGGACUCUGGGGACUAAGAACAAGGAACUCCUGUGACCCCUGUGCACAUCAGCACCUUAUGAUCCUCCUGGUGGAGGAGUCCCUUUCAUUUGGGGCGGCAGCGUAGCCUAGUGGUUAGAGCGUUGGACUAGUAACUGGAAGGUUGUGAGUUCAAACCCCUGAGCUGACAAGGUACAAAUCUGUCGUUCUGCCCCUGAACAGGCAGUUAACCCAUUGUUCCCAGGCCGUCAUUGAAAAUAAGAAUGUGUUCUUAACUGACUUGCCUGGUUAAAUAAAGGUAAAAUAAAUAAAAAUGUAGGUAACUCUUUGAACACCCUUUGAUGAUUGGUGAAUGAAUGGUGGCCUGGGGCCACUUAACUCGACUGAUGAAAGUCGAAGCAUGGAGUCAGUUUGGAAGGAGAUAUUAACCCCAGUUCAUCUGUAACAUAUGAUCUUGAUCAUACAAGAGAUGGUCAGGUCUAAACCCUGAGGCCGAGGGUAUACAGUGUUUUCAAAUGGGAAAUGAUUUAGCUGUACAAAAUCCAGUUGAAAAUAUGAUGCAAUACUUCUCACACUACUUGGUACACACCUCGGCCUCACUCAGUCAAUCGGUCAAACUCCACAGACCUACACCUUUCAUAACAACUCAUGCGUAUGCAAAGAUGUCCUCUUAAGUCGCUCUGGAGAUGAGUUGGAUGUAUCUGAGAGGAUGCUGAUGUGUGAAUGCAAAGACUUACAGUAUAAUAUGACUGACAAAUAACGCACAUUGACUGACUACCAAAUCGUUCUCCUCUGGGACGGAGCAGGUCUGUGAGAAACACAGAGGAAGAGAAGCGAGUGCUUUAUUCUUCACAUCAUUCGCUGUGGGUACUUUGCCCUAUACAGUGCAGGUAUUAAUGGUGAAAGAAAUAGUGCGAGCAUUCUUAGUUUAGAUUUUUUGACAUUGAUAUUUGUGUUGUUUAAUCAUUUAGAAGUUGGAGCAGUCUAAUUUUAUAAUCAUUGUCGAAAUGUGUGUAGGUUUUAGUUGUAUGUAUAAGGUUAUGUAUGUUUGAUUUUAUAAUAGUUGGAUUUGAUGAGGUGGUGCUAUGUAAAAGAAUCCUUUUUGAAAAAGAUUUGAUAUUGAAUGUCAGUGAAUGUGUCCUUGAGUUGCCACCAUGGUGUGGCAUGUGAAAGCACUUUUAUGAGAUCGGCUGGUCCCAGUCCAUUGGAUGCGAGUGUGACAUGAGGACCGUAUAGUCCUCAAGGAUGGACAAGUUAUUGUUUUUUUGUGUUGCACUGGAAUGUUCCUAGCCAGGUCUGGAGGACACAAUUCAGUCAUAAGGGACAUUUUGUUGAAAAUGAUGUUUAUGAAAUGCUCGGGGCCAUGACUGAAUUCAAACUGAGUUGGUUUUGGGGUGUGGUUUGAUGUGGGUGUCUUUUGUGUGUGUUCGCCGGUGGGAAGAGUUAGCCAAAUUAUUUUGCCAAUUUGCUUCAGCCAGCUUGUCCGCAACCUCUGCAAAGUUGAUUUGACUUUCGAUAGCCUAUCUUCAGGGCUAGUUAGGGACCGUCAAUAAAUAACACAAUAUAAAUUAGACAAUAUUUUCACAUUGCAGAACUUUUCAUUAAAUGCUUUCAAUAUUUGCAUAUGAAUUUCUACAAUUUAUAGUUGGUUUAAUGUUUUAAGUCAUUGACAUGUGGAGCUAUUGAAUUCUUACAUAUUGUGUAAUUUACAAAUGGUCCAUAACUAGCCCCAUAGGGAUAUCCAAAGUCAACCCAAAUUUACCACAGGCAUUAUGAUUGUGUUGUGUGCAGCUCCACUCUGAAUUGAUGAUUACUUGUAUGCAGUCAGCUGUGGGCACAUGGGCAGGAUUUAAACAAACCCAAUCUUCAUUUACAUUGUGAUGCAGUCACAACCACAACACUUACAGAACUCUGUUUUAGACAAGGCUGACUUUAUGACCAAAAUUAUCCUAUUUACUCUUCGUAGUCAAUUUUGACAGUAUAAUAAAUGUUUGACUCAUUCUGAUGCCACAUAUGCUGUUUUCUAAAUGCUACGUUUUUUUAAGGGGCUGUUGCUCUUUAAGACAUUAAGACUGACAAGAUCAGGUUGAAACAGGAAACAGAUUUACAGUAGUUCUAUUCUGCUGGAUGUGAUCUGGUCUGAGGACCAAAGAUCAAGGAAUUGGAGGGCCCAAUCAAGGAUUGUAUCUGACCAUCUGUAGAGUAUUGCAUGCUGGGGAAUGUUGUAUUUUUAAAAAGUGUCAAAACUUUUCACCACAUAUGUCCUGUCUAGUUCUCAUGGGAGUAAUAGAGCUUACAGUGAGAACAUUAGUGUAACAAUACGCCACAUACAGAACUAGCAUGCACCACAGUCACAGCGUAGACAUUUCUCUGAUGGUGCAUUUUUUUAAAUAUUUUUUUGUUACAUUGUGCCUAAUGAAUACACCCUGGUUCACGCUGCAAACAUUGUGUAAACCAACUGUUUUCAUUAUCAUUGACUAUUGGAAAUCAUGUUUGUGCACUAAGCUGUUUAUCCUGGAUGCCUUAGCCACCCUGCAUGGUACAAAUAUUUUUGUAAAGAAAAUGUAUGGACAUAAUAAAAUGACACCAUAUUUUUGGAUUCUGGAACUGGUUCACCUUACUGGUUCCAAUGAGGUUGUUGUCAAACAUACAUGACACCCCCCUGUCCAAAAGACAAAUCUAAUUAUCUGGUAUUAUUUGAAUGUAACAUAACUAUCUUCUUAGUCAAUAGCUAUGCACGUUGCUUGAUCAAGUAAACAUUUUGUGCAUUAAAAAGUUAAAACAUUUGGUAUUAUUUUGAAGCAGAUUUGAGCUUGAAGGGCAAAUCACUUGUUCAUUUUUAUGUACUGUGUUUAAGAAU